AACACGAGUGUUUGGCUUCACAGAAAAAUGGGAGUAGACGAUUCUUUCAAAAAACCAGGAUCCGUUCCGUUUAAGUGGGAGAUCAAACCCGGCGUUCCCAAAGUCCAAUCACAACAGCAACAGACAAAGCAACAACCACCGCUACAAGAACCGCCAUCUCCGCUGCGAAAGCUCCGGCCGCCGCCGGCGGGAUUGGUCUUCGUGCCUCCGCCGCCGGAGGCGAGGUCCCUGUCCUUUCGAUCGUCUUCCCGGACGCGGUCGGAGCGGUGGCGGUUCGAACGGCCGGAGAUCGUCACCGGCGGGUGCUUCCCGGCGAAUCCGCUGCUGAGGCGGAAGGGAAACAGAAAGAGGGAGACGACGCCGGAGAGCGAUUACGCGGCGGAGCUGGAGACGCUGGCUCGGUGGUCGGUGUCGUCUCGGAAAACGCUCUUGUCGUCGUUUCGGGAUUCGACGUCGUCGCCGUCGUCGAGUUUCUCGUCGCACCAGUCGUCGCCUAGGCCCGUCAACGACGCUGAGUGGGCCGGGUUUGGGCUGUUUUAAGUUUCUGCGUACAAUACGACGGCCCAUAAUGAUUUUUUUUUAAUUUUUUAAUUUUUGAGAAAAAUCACUGGGAAGAAGAUGGAUGAGAAGUUUGUCUGUGAUUACCAGCCUACUUUUAUUUUAUUUUAUUUUUUUUAAAGCUUUUUGUAGUUAUAUAACUUAUUAUAUAGCAUUAGUCAAAGGACCCGUCAAUCGUUCAUGUAUUCAGAGAAAAGCAAACAGGAAUGAAUUAUGAAGCUUUUCCAAGUCCUCCUUUGUAAAUUAUUACUUAUGCGAGUAAAUUAAGCAAUUAUGAAAAGCAUUUUCAA